AUGGCCUGGUACCUAUUUCUUUUUCUUGGAAAUAUCACAGUUUUACUGACAGUAGCAGACGACAAUGAACAUCGUCUCGUGCGAGAUUUGAUGAGAGCUUAUGAUAAGAGACUCCGUCCAUCUAAGAAUGCAUCCCAGUCGUUAAAUGUAACAUUUGGUUUAGCUUUGUCACAGAUAAUAGAUGUGGAUGAAAAGAACCAGAUAUUAACAACAAAUUGCUGGCUCAAUCAAAUGUGGAAGGACAAUGGAUUAUCGUGGGACCCAAAGAAAUAUGGAGGGAUAGAAGUUAUACGUCUGCCACAUGAUCUCGUUUGGAAACCAGAUAUUUUCUUAUAUAAUAAUGCAGAUAUUUCUACGUUCUAUUCCUCGUUAAGCUCAAAUAUGAUCGUUGCCUCCGAUGGAAAUGUUACGUGGCUUUCUAUGGUAAUUUUCAAAAGCACUUGUUCAAUAAAUGUGCGAUAUUUCCCAUUCGAUGAACAAAACUGCUCAAUGACUUUUGCUUCGUGGACAUAUGACGGUUUCCAGGUGAACUUAUCCCUGACAACAACGGAGGGGGACAUCUCAAACUAUAUUAAAAAUAGUGAAUGGAGCCUUCAGAAGUUGUACGUAGAAAGAAAUGUUAUGUAUUAUUCCUGCUGUGCCGAACCUUACCCUGAUAUAACCUUUUAUAUUUAUAUACGACGUCGACCUCUGUUUUAUAUCUUUAACAUGAUAAUGCCAUGCAUUUUGAUAACAUUAGUGGCAUUGUUAGGUUUUUAUAUUCCGUCUGAUUCGGGAGAAAAGGUGACAAUGGGAAUAACAACAUUACUAUCUAUGACAGUAUUUAUGAUGCUUGUAGCUGAAAAUAUGCCACCGACAUCUAAUGUAUUACCCCUAAUAGGUAUAUACUAUGGUAUCACAAUAAGUAUUGUUUCGACGGCAACCGGAAUGACUGUGUUUACCUUGAAUAUUCACCACAAGGGUCAUAGAGGCAGACAGGUUCCUCAACUCAUUAAGAGCCUUUGUCACAAUUUCUUCGCAAAGAUUUUAUGUAUUCGGUUAGAAAAUGCCGAUUACAGUCCUUCCCGAGUGUACAUACCAUCAGAAGAUACAAAGAAAGGAUAUUUACCCUUUAGCAUGGUCAGCGAUAAAGACCAAAUGGAAAACCGUAAUACAGAUGAUAUCCAUCCUUCGUCAAAAUAUUGUGUAAACAAAGAUAAAGGAAAUGGUAAAAUUCCUUGUAAUUUACAGAACAAUUUUCAGCAUAUGCCAUCUUUUCCCGAUAUGAACAAAUUUGAGAAUCAGCUCCGUCAUGUUUUACAAAAAGUAUGCUGUGCGAUAGAAGAUAACGAAAAACGCCAAGAGGAAAAAGAUCGCCGUGAUGUCAUCAAAAUGGAGUGGCAACAAAUCGCGCAGAUUGUAGAUCGUGUUUUACUGUCAAUAUUUGUUGUUGUGACACUUACUGUUACUAUUGUAGUUAUGGUGCAAGGACCAGCAAUGUAUGGGUCACAAAUAAAUAACGAUAUACAUGAUUGAAACAUCAACAGAUACUUAUUGUUUGGAAAACAAUUAUGCUGAGAUCGGGAACAGAAAACGAAAAUUGACAACGACAGUCAAGAGCAAACAGUUCAACAAUAUGUAAAAUGUUUCACUGUAGCUAAAUA